AUGUCCAGACAGGCGCAGACAUGGGGCGCAAUCGCGGUCCUGACCGUGGUUGGCAUCGUGUGGAUCAAGCGGCAGCAGCAAACAGCGAUCUACGAGCCACUGGGGAGGUCUUCGCUACGAGAGAUGCUUACUCGAGUCGAAGAUGAAGAAGGCACGGAUGGCAUGGUCACCAAGGAGUCCGAGUACCCCUCGAACUGGUGGACGUCGAGCGAGCUCUUGGACCUCGAGCGCCGGGCGAUUUUCUCGAAGGUGCCAAUAGCGCUCGCACACGCAAGCAUGUUCUCCAAGCCCGGCGCCUAUCGCGUCUUCGACCACCCGUCAGGCUACCCAAUCUUCCUCGUCCUGGGGAAGGAUUCGGUCCUGCGCGGGUUUCACAACGUCUGCCGCCACCGCGCUUACCCUGUCGUCUCGACCAAACGGUCCGGGUGCACGCCGGUCCUGAGCUGUAAGUACCACGGCUGGAGCUACGACCUUCGGGGGAAUCUUGUCAAAGCCCCCAAGUUCGAUGGACUCGAGGGAUUCACCAAGGCCGAGAACUCUCUCUUCGAGGUCAGCGUUGGCGUCGAUGGCGAUGGAGUCGUCUUUGUCAAUGUCGGCGCGCUUCCUGGACCGUCCACCGCGGUGGUCGUCGCCAGGUUCAGCAAAUACCGCGUCGAGUCGUGGGACGUUGACGUCGGCUUUAAUUGGAAAUUCGCAGAAUUUUCAGAUACUUUCGAUCUUGCCCAAACUGUGGAGAAAUAUACUCCCAACUGCCCGUCGGCUGCUCUGCUUAGCCUGCUAUCUCUCCAGAAACGCACUGAAAAUAUCAAGCCCACCGUGCUCACCGAAAUCCUACAUUUUAAGGGGCUCAGAUCGACGCUCAUGAUCAAAGUGCGCCCGGUCGACGGCGGAAAGAGCAUUUUGGAGUGUGCGUUCUACUCGACCUCUGCGAAUCUAGACUCAUCGUCCCUACUUGAUGAUAUCAAACAACAAUUAAUGAACCGUAUUACGUUUUUGGAGACGGCAUUCGAGAAGACCAAGCAUGCGGUUCCGCAAUCCAACGAGAGUCACCUUUCAACCAUUCUGGGAUGGGUGAAGUCUCAUAGAAACCGUGAGGCCUCUGUCGGCAGACCUAUCUGGCCGGCUUCGGAUAUCAUGGCCACCGUGAGAGCGAACGAUAGCGCGGCAGAAAACUUAUGCCGAGAUCUCGAGGCAUCGCAACCUGAUGUUGGAAUCGACAUUGAGAAGCAUAGUGCGAGUGAAAUCUCAUGGUGA